AUGUGUGCAGCCAGAUCAGUUCAAGCACCUACUGCAACUGAACUAUGGAAAAAAAUUCGCGUUUUAGAUGGUGGAACUGGUAGCGAAUUGGAUCGUAUUUGCAAGGCAAAAAGCGAGAAGGAUCCAUUGUGGAGUGCAGCAGCUAUAUUGGAUGAUCCACAGUCGGUGAUUAACGUUCACAAGAGUUUUAUCGCAUCUGGAUGUGAUGUUUUGUUGUCAAACACAUAUCAUGCUGAUAUUGGAACUCUAAUGCAAAGUCGUCAUUUAUCGAAAUGCAGUGCUGAGGAAGUGAUCCGUAAAGGAGUAGAUUUGGUUCGUGAAGCGGUUAAAGAAUUUGAAACAGAAACAGCACCAAAUGAUGGCCGUAAAAAUCGUCACAUUGAGAUUGUUGGUUCGAUUGGACCUUUCGCGACUACACUGUCGGACUGUUCAGAAUAUAAUGGUCAUUAUGUGGAUGAGGUUGCUUAUGAGACACUUGUUAGCUAUUAUGUUGGUCAGCUGAAAGCGAUUUUGACGAGUGGCCUAAAGAUGUUCGCUUUCGAGACAAUACCGUCAAUGGUCGAAGGUCGCGCUGUGCUGACCGCCAUCGACAGCAUAGCGGAAGAUGUGAAGUGUUGGAUUUCGUUCAGUUGUCGUGACGGAGAACGAACGAAUCACAACGAACGUUUUUGUGACGUUGUUCGACAAGUUAGCCUGCAUCCGGAUGUUGUUGCUGUUGGCAUCAACUGUACAGCACCGAUACAUAUUUCUUCUUUGCUUCAGUCGGCUCGUGAUUGUUCGAAUGGUAAACCGUUUGUGGUUUAUCCAAAUAGUGGUGAAAAGUAUGACGUACAGACAGCAAGUUGCUGUUUAAUGUUUACGAUCGCUAGUAGUUUCAGUUGGACAGAUUCUGAGAUGAGUUUCGCUGACGUUGUUAGCAGGGAUUUGAAGGAAUGGAUAAAGUUGGGAGUGCGACUGAGAUGGUACUGUAUCUAUCGAUUUAUACUUCUAUACUGGUGUGAACGUAUCUCAGUGGCAUUCGAUCGCGUUUCAUGGGUUGCGUUCACGUCUGAAGUUCUGAUCUUCUUGUUUCCGCCUGUGGUGUAG